AAGUCUUCUAAUUUACUCUCACACAACAGAAAAUACUAGAACUCUGUUGUCUGACAAUGCUUAACAAAUAACGGAUUUAACAAGUUCUGUUGUCUGAAAGCAGUGUCUCAACUGCUGCGCAAUUGUGCCUGGCAUCUGCCGAGCUAUCGGACAACACUUUUAACAUAUACCCGUCAUCUGUAUGUUUCUCAGACAACUGUGUUCUACCGUUGUCUGUAUUUUCAUCAGACAACGGCUCGGUCUACAUCGGUGGCUCUCCAUAUCACACAAUGGUUUUCCACCGUCAUCUGAUAAGAUUUUUGGCAUAGUGUUAAUUGUGGAUGAAAAAUGGUCAACUAUCUCAAAGUUAUGUUACAACACUUCCACUUUAAGAACCAUUUUUGGGUUUAUUCUUUUCUUAAUGAAAUCCACAUAUUUAAUAUUGUCCUGAAUCAAAUCACAUGCAUCGAGAACUGUAUGUACGUGAAAAAGUUUGAGUUUUGAAGCUUUACUUUUUCACCUUAUAUUUGCUCGAUCAAUUCUUGCUAUAAAUACAUGUUGAGACUACGAGAGCAAUGUCCUUUAUAGGCUCUAGCUAGUAGCAGCAUACAUAGUAAUAGUAUGGCUCUUCGAUGGUUUCUCCUUCUCAACCUCAUUUGCAGUAUUCUACUGCUUGUCGAUGUUACUCACUUAGCUGCUCAAGAUACCCGAAAGGCUUAUGUUGUGUAUAUGGGCGACAAGCCAAAGAACGGGGUACCCAUAUUACCUGAUCUUCAUAUGAAUAUGCUACAGGACGUAGUUGACAGCAGCAACAUAGAUAUUGCACAUGAAGCUCUGCUUCUUCAUAGCUACAAGAGAAGUUUCAAUGGAUUUGCUGCAAUGCUCACAGAGCAAGAAGCACAAAAAAUGACUGGUACGUACUACUGCAACCAGUGUUCUAAAAAUCGGCCGCCCAGGAGCUGGGCGGCGGCUCUCCGCCUCAAGGAAUGGCAAAUCGGUGGGUGUGGGCGGGAUGGCGCUGAGUGGCCGCCUAGGCGGGCGACUAGGCGCCUGGGCGGUUGGGAGAAACGUGCUGGGCGGUUGGACUAGGUGGCAGUGCAUUGGUUCUGAGUCGUAUCGGGAGGUCAAAUAUGGGUAGAUGCAAACAGACAACAACGUUUUGGAUUGGAAAAAGAGAAAGACAGGUCUGGGAGAAAGAUGCUGAGAUGGGUUUUGUGGGGAGAUUUGAGAGGAGGGUGGAUGGCAUAGCAGCUUUGGAGGGGUUUGAGGAUUUCAAAGAUGGAGCUUUCUUGGUUUCAAAGGCGACAACUUUUGGGUCUGAAACGAAAGAAAUGAGAGAAAUAGGAGAGAGAUGGGUUUGGAGUUGUUGAAGAAGAAGAAGAAGAGCAGAAGAGGAAAAUGGUGGGUGGAGUGGUCGAGAUAUAUUCACGCAGAGAUGGAGAGAGAAGAAGAUAGAGAUUGGGAUUUCUUUUUUAUAGGAAUUAAAGAUAGAGAUUGGGAUUUGACCGGAUUUCAAGAGAGACAGAGAGAUGAUGCUUUGCUUUUUUUAACUUUUCUUUUUUUGUUUGGACCAUAGAUAAUGUACUUGUCUGACCAAAAAAAAAAGUACUUGGUUGUGCAGCUUGUGCAAGCUUUUUAUUUUUUCUAAAUUUUA